UUAUUCUAAGAGUGCUGAAGUAGAUUUAGGUUGACCAUGGCUCACAUGAAUUAAGAAGUGUUUCUUUUGUUAUGAUGGAGAUGCAGAUGGUGAAAGUGAUGAAAGAAUUGUCACUCAGUGGAAGUUCUGGAUGAUUUAACUUGCUGCAAGAUAUUCCUGAAAUGUAACACAAGAAGAAGAAUUUCAGUGUAAAUCAGUCACCAUACCUUCAUCUCCCUCAGUGGCCUCAUGCCAAAAUCUUUCUAAUCUUUUGCAUUAAAUACUGGACAGACCAAAGUGUGUAAGAAGAAAUAAGUGCUUACUUAGUAAUUAUUCUCUAUGAUGGGAGAGUUGCGAUUUAAGCACCUCUUUUGGGGGAGCUUUUUUGAAUCUGGGGGCACAUUCCAAACAGUGUUAAUCUUUCUUUUGAUUCCAUGCUCCUUGACUGUGGAUUAUAGGGCAGCACCAAUUAUAUCAAAUACAACUUUCCUUUGGAUCUGGAAUGUCCCAACUGAACGUUGUGUAGGAAAGGUUGAUGAUCCAAUAGAUCUGAGCUUCUUCUCUUUAAUUGGAAGCCCCAGGAAAACUGCCGUAGGGCAGCCCGUCACACUAUUUUAUGUUGAUCGACUUGGUUUGUAUCCUCACAUAGAUGCAAACCAAGUAGAACAUUAUGGAGGAAUACCUCAGAAGGGGGAUUAUCAAGCUCAUUUGACCAAAGCUAUGGCUGACAUAAAGCAUUAUAUUCCAGGAGACGAAUUGGGCUUAGCUAUCAUUGACUGGGAAGAAUGGAGGCCCACCUGGUUGAGAAACUGGAAACCUAAGGAUAACUACAGGAAUAAGUCUAUUGAAUUGGUCCAAUCAACUGAUGCAGGACUUAGUAUCACAGAAGCCACCCAGAAAGCUAUAGAACAAUUUGAAAAGGCAGGAAGGAAGUUUAUGGAAGGGACUUUACAACUGGGGAAAUUCCUUCGACCAAAACAGCUAUGGGGUUAUUAUCUAUUUCCUGAUUGUUAUAACAAUAAAUUUCAAGACCCUAAAUAUGAUGGGCAGUGCCCUGAUGUGGAAAAGAAAAGAAAUGAUAAUCUAAAUUGGCUGUGGAAAGCAAGCACCGCCCUCUACCCAUCUGUCUAUUUGAAGAAGGACUUAAAAUCCAAUCGACAAGCUACCCUCUAUGUCCGCUACCGAGUUGUGGAAUCUAUCAGAGUGUCCAAGGUUGGGGAUGCAUCAGAUCCAAUCCCGAUUUUUGUCUAUAUCCGUCUUGUUUUUACUGAUCGUACCUCUGAAUUCCUUCUAGAGGAAGACCUUGUGAAUACAAUUGGUGAAAUUGUUGCUCUGGGUACCUCUGGAAUUAUAAUAUGGGAUGCUAUGAGUUUGGCACAACGUGCGGCAGGUUGCCCAAUCCUACAUAAAUACAUGCAGACGACCCUGAAUCCAUACAUAGUCAAUGUUACCCUAGCAGCCAAAAUGUGCAGCCAAACCCUUUGUAAUGAGAAAGGCAUGUGUUCAAGAAGAAAAGAAAGUUCAGAUGUGUAUCUUCACUUGAACCCAAGUCAUUUUGAUAUUAAAUUAACGGAAACUGGAAAGUACGAAGUUCUUGGCAACCCCAGGGUUGGAGACUUGGAAUACUUUUCUGAACAUUUUAAAUGCAGCUGUUUUAGCAAAAUGACAUGUGAGGAGACAUCUGAUACAAAAAAUGUACGAUAUGUGAAUGUCUGCGUCGGUGAUAAUGUUUGUAUCAAAGCCAAGGUAGAGCCCAACCCAGCCUUCUACCUCCUACCUGGCAAAAGCCUUCUGUUUAUGACAACACUUGCUCACGCCCUGCACCAUCUGCCACAAGAUAUUUUUGUUUUUCCACGGAAGAUGCUAGUCAGUGUUCCUUAGUUUUCUCUACCCACAGCAUUUGAUGUAUUUUUUUUUUUUGCAGGCCUCAGUAAUUUGGGAUUAUGAAUGGGAUUCUGUUUUGCAAAAGUAAUUCACUUUUAUAAUCAAGAUUCUAUUUUUGAGUUUCAAAGACAAAUUAUUUAUUCUUCUACCAAAGAUUGAUUGCAAGCAAGGCUACUUAGAGAUUUGUUUUGGUUUAAAGAGAAUGAAGACUGAAUAAAAUAAAAUGACUAUAAA